GCACUGUUAUUUCUUGCGCUCCACCGCACUGUAUUUCCUGCCGCUCUUCAGUAAAACACACACACCGUACCAAACAAGGAGCAACUCUGGCUUUUUGUUUUUUUUCCCCUUCACCAUGAAGGGAAAAGUGCCCUUUUCGCCUUUCCGCACGUUCGGCUCCCCCUAUACGCUCCUAUUGCACCAACACGUCACUUACCUUCGAUUGAAGCAGGUUCCCUUUAAGGUGUACUGCUCCAACUUCAGCACCACUCUUCUCUACUCCAUAUAUUACCGCACACGUAGCUGCUUUUGCACGCUCACACCGAAUGGAACAACCCGUGUUCAGGUGUGGCAAUUAGCCGAAACGGCGGAGCUAGACGAGGAUGUGGAGGCCAUCGCCAGGUCCACAAAGGGGGAGGUGAAGUACAAAACAGCAUCCGAUAAGGAAGCCACGAACGAUGGAGGCGCUGCUGCUUCAGGGGUGUCCACCACGCGCACCCAGAAGAUGCUCAUUUCGAAGGAGACGCACCCCAAUUUGCAUCUUGCCAGCUGGUGCGUGGUCGUGUACGCGUGCUGGUGGCUGAACAAAACAGGCGCCAUGUAUCGUUACAUUCGUGGAGAUUCGCUGGACGUUCUGGAGGGCUACUUGCGGUUUUUCUUCAUCGGUGGCGUUGGCUUUGCCCGGUCAGCAGCACCGCAGUUUCGGCGACUUAUGAAGCACAUUGUCCGCGCUACCGGGGCAUCGGAGCUGACGGCGCCGUACAUGGACGAGCACUUUAUGCGGUUUUGCACCGCGCUGGAGGCACACCUGCGCGGCAACCCAAGGGAGUGCUUUUUGCUCGGCACACCGCACCCCACGUUGGCCGACGUGACGCUCGGGGCUGCCUUUUCAGGCUUUUUUCUCAUGGAUGACCCGCCGUCAUCGACGCUGGCGGAGAAGUUUCCGUGUGUCACAGAGUACGCGGAGCGGGUCACCGGCUGGAGGGGGUCCACGUUUGUUGGGUCGACGGACGAUAUAGACUCCGCGAAGGCGGACGACACGGCGGGGCAACCAGACACCGCAGUGAGGUCUUCCGCGGUUUGCAAUGAGGCGGAGGCGAAGAAGAAGGACACACCUUCUACGUCAACGCAAAAGGCGUCGUCUGAGAAUUACCCCGAUGUCGUGCCGGAGUCGCUCGCACCGUGCUUUGAGCUGAUGGCGGAGGUGUUCCCUUUCCUCAUGUCGCAGUGUGCGUCUUUUACCGCCUUCAUGGCCGGCGACGGCGUGCGCACCCUAAAAAAGGAGCCGCUGGAGGGGGAGUGGAAGGGCUGCGAGGGUUAUCUGCUGCCCCAGCUCACCAACAUCAAGUCGCUCAUGAUCGUGGAUGACGACGUCAGCUCCGUGCAGGCCCGCUCACAGGACUUGGAGGUAGCUUUUCUCGCCUCACGUGAAGUGAACGAUGAUGCGCUGCGCAACUUUGGCCGCCACGACGACAACGCAGAGACCCCUGUCAAGCCGCCUGCGUCCGCUCCGAGUAGGACGGUGCAGCACCAUUCACCACCGGCGGAAACAGCGCGAAAUCGCCCAGGUGCCGCUGCUGCUGCGGUCGAGAGCUGGGACACCAUGACCACGGCGGAGUUCCCCGCCUCUCCUAAUGAGGCAGCCGCCGCAGCGGCGGGCAAAACGGACGAAAAAAACGUCAUCCCGCCAUCCCCUGCCUCAAAAUUUGAGCAGCCGAUGAACAUGCGUACGCUAGACCCCGACGACAGCGACUUUUACCGCGCCUACUCCACAGCUGGUCGUCGCCGACUCGGCGGUGAAGCCAUGUCCCUCGUGGGUGUGAUACCCACCGCCCGCCACGCGACGACGGCCGCGAGCAGCGCCGUUGUGAGCCGCAGCUCCGUGAUGGAGAGCCUGGAGACGCUGCGCACGAUGCUGGCCAAGAUGAGCUGUCCGCAAUACACGCUCACCACCGUUUUCCACGGGCGCCGCCUGUACGUGGCGGUCAUUCCGGAGUACGAGGUGGCGAAGGUGCGCAAGACCCGUCAAGAGGCGGCGGCGGCGAAGGCAGCAACGGCGAAGGCAGCAACAUAA